GGCGGGACGGCGUCGCGCAGGGCGUCGCCGGCUUCCCCGGGUCGGCCGGGCCCGCUCUGUGGAGGAUGGCGCUGGUCGGGGCCGCCGAGGCCGAGACUCGGACUCUGAAGCCGUGUGUGCUGCGCCGCAACCACAGCCGCGAGCAGCACGGCGUGGCGGCCUCGAGCCUCGAGGAGCUGAGGCGCAAGGCCUGUGACAUUCUGGCCAUUGAUAAGUCCCUGGCACCAGUCACGCUGGUCCUGGCAGAGGAUGGCACCAUCGUGGAUGAUGACGAUUACUUCCUGUGUCUGCCUUCCAAUACUAAGUUCGUAGCGUUGGCCAGUAACGAGAAGUGGACAUACAACAAUUCAGAUGGAGGCACAGCCUGGAUUUCCCAAGAGUCCUUUGAUGUGGAUGAGACAGACAGUGGGGCAGGGCUGAAGUGGAAGAAUGUGGCCAGGCAGCUGAAGGAAGAUCUAUCCAGCAUCAUCCUCCUGUCUGAGGAAGACCUCCAGGUGCUCAUCGAUGUUCCGUGUUCAGACCUGGCUCAGGAACUUUGCCAAAGUUGCGUCACGGUGCAGGGGCUCCAGGACACCCUCCAGCAGGUUCUUGACCAGAGGGAGGAAGCCCGUCAGUCCAAGCAGCUCUUGGAGCUUUACCUCCAGGCUUUGGAAAAGGAAGGCGGCAUCCUGUCAAAGCAGCAAGCGUCCAGCGGCGACCUCAGCGACGAGGUGGAUGCGGGCGACACGGGCAGUAAUGGCCAGAGCACCUCCGAGAGCGCACUCACGAGCCACGUCCUCACCACGCUGAAGGGGAAGCUGGCCCCGGAGCUGAGCCUGUCCAGUCAGGAUUUGGAGCUGGUCACCAGGGAAGACCCGCGGGCGCUGGCCGCUGCCCUGAGCUGGGGCCUCGGGAAGACGGAAGCCGUGCAGCAGGCCUGUUGCCAGGAGCUCAGCCUGCGCCUCCAGCAAGUGCAGAGCCUGCACUCCCUGCGGAGCGUGUCGGCGAGGAGCCCGCAGCCCGCACGACCGCAGGAGCCCAAGCGAGCCAGGCGGGAGCCCACGUAGCCGCAGCUGGGAGGCCGGUGACCUUGUUUUAUUUUCCAUAAACCCCUUGUGCCUGGAUCUCCCGAGCUGCUGCGUCACGGCGCGACCCCGACCCUGCCUCGCCCGCUUUCCUGCAAGUGGCCAGACACCAGCCUCCCACCGCCCGGAGAGCCCUCCGCCUGCCCUGGAUGCUCAGCUGCGGCAACGGCGCCCCACGCCUUCCCAGGGCACCUCGCGUCCUCCGUUGGACAGAAGCUGUAAGCGCAGUGGAGAGAAAGGGUUGUGUUUCAGGCUCCCCGUCCUUGUUCUGAAGCCAGAGCUGCAGAAUGUCAGACACAAAUCAUGGUGGAGAAGGUGACGUAACAGAGUUGGUUUACAGCCGCAAACUUGUUUCUCCAGGAGUUUCUCGGUUUGUGUAAAGGCGCGUAUUAAGUCUGCAGACCUAGGGACACAGGGAGAGUGUGGUUGGCCAUUUCCAAUUGUGAGAUUAUGUCUGUUGCCAGUUGUCUAAUCUGUUUUAUCAGCUGCUGGGAGGAAAGGUCAUUAAAUUGAUCUCCAUGCGAAA